AUGAAACAUAUGAAUGAGCUAUUACAUUAUAUAAAAUAAUAUAACUUAGCAAGAUACUAUCAAAAAAUUCAAGAAAAUGCAAAUUUACAAGAAAAUAAUUAAUCAAUACAAAAAAAGCUAAUCUAAUAUAAAUUAAAUGUAGAUUAGGAAGAAAACAUCAAAAAAGAUAUGGAAUCUUAAGAUAAAUUAUAGAGAUAAGAAAAUAUUUUACAUAAAAGGUUUAAUAGGAUGAAAAUAGAUGUAAUGGAAAAGAUAGAGAAGAAAUAAAGAAGUAGAUUGAAAUUAUAGAAAAUCAAAUAAAAAAUAAGAAUACUUAGUAAAAAUAAGAGCUAAUUAGAAAGAUUAUUAAGGUAUAAAAGAGAUUAUUAAUAACAGAUAAUAUUAUAAGAUUAAAAUAAAUGUCUUUAAAAAAAUGAUAAAAUGAGUAAAUACUGUAUCAAAACUUACACUCUCAAAAUUUUUGUUUGGAAGUUUAAGUAUAUUAUUAUACAAAAUUUAUCUAUGUAAGUUUGA